UGAGUGGAGUUGAGGAGUUCUUCCUCUUUCUUUUCCUCCCCGUGAGUGCAGCUGUCUCCUUGUUGCAGCUUCUUCUUUGGCCCUCUACAAUGGAGAGAGGGCAAAUGGUGCCAGUCUACCUUCUGGGCCUGUGCUGCAGCAUGUGUGUGGUUGCAGGGAUCCAGAGGUCCCAAAUGUUUCCCUAUGGCAUGUCAAGUGGAGAUUCACUUUUGGAAGAAGGAGACGAUGAAACCUCCAAAGUCUUAUCUCUGCCUAAACCCUUCUACUUCUACGAUACCCCCUUCUAUCAGCUUUAUGUGGCCACCAACGGGAUCAUAUCAGCUCAGGACUUGCCAAUGGAGAAGCAGUACGUGGACGACGGGUUUCCCACGGAUUUCCCGGUGGUGGCGCCGUUUCUGGCUGACAUGGACACCAGUGGUGGAAGAGGACAGAUUUACUACAGGGUGACUGAGACGCCCAGUGUGCUCAACAGAGUGGCCCAGGAAGUUCACCAAGGCUUCCCAGAUGCCAAAUUCACCCCCACCCAUGCUGUGGUGGCAACAUGGGAGAAUGUGGGCGCCUACGAGGAGCCCACUCGGACCAGUGGGGGGGCCUCGAACAAGGUCAACACCUUCCAGGCAGUGAUUGGUUACGACGAAACCGACUCGUACGUUCUCUUCCUCUACCCCGAGGGUGGCCUGAACUUCUUUGGGACGAGACCCAAGGAGUCAUAUAAUGUGGAGAUAGAGCUGGCCGCUCGAGUCGGAUUCAGCCGAGGAGAAAUCACCUAUCUCAUUUUUUCCCGAACUGAGGGCCCUUACUACAGUGUGACCAGCAAUGUGCAAAGUAUCAAACAUCUCGACCAGGUUGGCAACACUGGAAUUCCAGGUGUUUGGCUUUUCCACACUGGGAACCGCUAUUCUUUUGACAACAUUGUCCCUGCUGCAUCUAUUGGUGAUAUUCUUGCUACGCCUCUCCCAAGAGAACACAAUCAACCUCAGAGCGCCACUACACCCGAGUACAACAACUUUGAAGAGUACCCAGACAACAGCAACUUCGACCCCGGUCAUCAAGAGGAAGACAGAGAUUUCCCUCUGACAGUUGAAGAUGUGGAAUUCCAACCAGUGGCCGCUGGUGAAUCUGUCCUGCCGGAAAGCUCUGACCUUCCUUUGUCAGCGUCCGAGGUGUCGCAUGGCGGUGGAGAUGUACCUUUGACAUCUGAACCCAGGCACGGUUCAGAGGUGGCUGGGCGGCAGUAUGCACCGCCUCCUUCUCGAGAGGUCAUCCCAGAUGGAGGUGCUCAGCGGUCCCAAGAGCAGAUUCCUGUGGAUGUCGGAGAUUUGUAUCCCUCUCACAGAAAUGAGCCACCCCUGUCCCCUGGGGGUCAUGUGGUCAGUGUGGAGGAAGAUGUGGACUUUGACACAGGAGUGAUUCACUACACCACAGAGAAUAAGGAAACAUGUGCAAGGUUCCAGCAACAGUGCUCUCAGAACGCGUUUUGCUCUGACUAUGCUACGGGUUUCUGCUGUCACUGCCGACCCGGCUUUUACGGAAAUGGCCGCCAUUGCCUGCCGGACGCGGCCCCUCAGCGCGUCAGUGGCAAGCUGAGUGGAACGGUAACCGUGGGUUUGACUCCCGUGGAGCUGAACAACAUUGAUCUGCAUGCUUACAUUGUGGUGGGAGAUGGGCGUGCUUACACAGCCGUCAGUGAGAUCCCCGAGCCAGUGGGUUGGGCCUUGAUGCCGGCUGCGCCGAUCGGUGAGCUGUUUGGUUGGCUGUUUGCUCUGGAGUUGCCCAAUAGCCAAGCAGGAUUCAAAACUACAGGGGCUGAGUUUACUCGUCAAGCCGAACUCGUCUUUUACCCUGGCAACCAGCGGCUGUCAAUCACUCAGACAGGACGAGGCCUCGACGAGAACAACCACUUCACUGUCGACACCGCGCUUAGCGGUAGUGUGCCUUUCCUACCUCCUGCUGCUGAAGUGACUAUGGAGCCUUUUAAGGAGACGUACCAUUACUACCCAUCAGUUGCUACAUCCAGCUCCGUGAGGGAGUUUACCGUGGUCUCACCAGACCGAGGAUCCGAAUCCUUUUCGUUCCAGCUGAAACAAAACAUCACCUACCGUGAUUGUCGACAUGACAACCGGGCUUCGCCUGUAGAGACCCUGCAGAUCACCAUGGAGAGAGUGUUUGUCAUGUACGUCAAGGAGGAGCGGAUUCUGAGAUACGCCAUCACCAACAAGAUCAGCCCAGUUGGAGCUGAGUUGACAGGACCAGGGUUGGUUAACCCCUGCUAUGAUGGAAGCCACGACUGUGACACGACUGCCCAGUGCAUCCCACUGGAGGACAAGGCUUUCCAGUGCCGGUGUGGAACUGGUUACAGAGGAGAUGGACACAACUGUUACGAUGUUGAUGAGUGUGCAGAGGGCUUGUCUUCGUGUGGGGCUCAUUCGCAAUGCAUCAACUUACCCGGUAGCCAUCGCUGCCACUGCCAGAGCGGCUAUGAAUUUGGUUUUGACGGACGUACAUGUGUGGACAUGGAUGAAUGCAGGUCCUCCCCAUGCCACAUCAAUGCAAGAUGCAGCAACAGCCUAGGCUCCUUCCACUGUCAGUGUGAGAAUGGGUUUUACGGAGAUGGUCUCUUCUGCUCGCAACAAGGACCGACAGGUGGUACUAAAAGUCAAUGUGAGCAGCACAGAGACAGUCUACAGAGCGGGCCAGAACAAGCUGGUCAGCCGCCGGUUGGGAUUUUUAUCCCUCAAUGCGACUCUGAUGGACGAUACAGACCACUGCAGUGCCAUGGCUCCACUGGACAUUGUUGGUGUGUGGAUAAUAGGGGACAAGAAAGAGCAGGAACCAGGACUCCCCCUGGUAUGGCACCAACAGACUGUGACCGACACGAGCAACCACAGAAACCUAAAACCCAAUGCGAGCACCACAGAGACAGUAUUCAGACCACCAGUCCAGAUGGUUAUCCUCUAGUGGGAGCUUUCGUACCUCAGUGUGAUGCUAACGGACAAUACACUCCUCAACAGUGUCACGGAUCUACUGGACAUUGCUGGUGUGUGGACAGCCAAGGACAGGAAAGACACGGAACCAGGACUCCACCUGGCACAACUCCCAUCGACUGUGAGAAACCAGAUGGCCAUCCUAAAACUCACUGUGAGCACCACAGAGACAGAAUGCAAACUGCCAGUCCAGAGGGUUAUCCACCUGUGGGAGCUUUUGUCCCUCAGUGUGAUGCUAACGGACAAUACACACCACUGCAGUGUCAUGGUUCUACUGGGCAUUGUUGGUGUGUGGACAGCCAGGGACAAGAAAGACCCGGAACCAGAACCAGUCCUGGUGCACCACCCACAGACUGCGACAAACCAGAAGAACCAGAUCAUUCAAAAACCCACUGUGAGCGUCACAGAGACAGUGUGCAGACCACCAGUCCUGAGGGUUAUCCUCUCCUGGGAGCCUUUGUGCCUGAGUGUGAUGCAAAUGGGGAGUAUAUUCUACAACAGUGUCACGGCUCCACUGGGCAUUGUUGGUGUGUGGACAGUCAAGGACAAGAAAGACCUGGUACUAGAACUCCUCCUGGUGCAACACCCAUCGGCUGUGACAAACCAGAGCAACCUAAAAGCCAAUGUGAGCAGCACAGAGACAGUGUACAGACCAUCAGUCCAGAGGGGUACCCAGUAGUGGGAGCCUUUGUUCCUCAUUGUGAUUCCAAUGGUCAUUACACACCUCUACAGUGUCACGGCUCGACUGGACAUUGUUGGUGUGUGGACAGCCAAGGACAGGAAAGACAAGGAACCAGAACUCCACCUGGUACAGCACCCACUGACUGUGACAAACCAGAAGAACCGGAACGUCUUAAAAGUCAUUGUGAGCAGCACAGAGACAGUGUACAGACCACCAGUCCAGAGGGUUAUCCACUAGUGGGAGCAUUUGUACCCCAGUGUGACGCUAAUGGAGAGUACACUGCUCAACAGUGUCAUGGUUCUAGUGGACAUUGUUGGUGUGUUGACAAAAAAGGACAGGAAAGACCUGGUACUAGAACUCCUCCUCGUGCAACACCCUUUGAUUGUGACAAACCAGAACGGCCUAAAAGCCACUGUGAGCAGCACAGAGACAGUAUCCAGACCACCAGUCCAGAAGGUUACCCGCGAGUUGGAGCCUUUGUACCUCAGUGUGAUGCAAAUGGACAGUACACUCCUCAGCAGUGUCACAGUUCUAGUGGACAUUGUUGGUGUGUGGACAGCCGAGGACAAGAAAGGUCUGGUACAAGAACGCCUCCUGAUUCAACACCCUUUGACUGUGACAAACCAGAACGUCCUAAAAGCCACUGUGAGCAGCACAGAGACAAUAUUCAGACCACCAGUCCAGAGGGUUAUCCACCCGUGGGAACCUUUGUACCUCAGUGUGAUGCUAACGGACAGUACACUGCUCAGCAGUGUCACAGUUCUAGUGGACACUGUUGGUGUGUGGACAGCCAAGGACAAGAAAGACCUGGUACCAGAACUCCUCCUGGUACAACUCCCUUUGACUGUGACAAACCAGAACGUCCUAAAAGCCACUGUGAGCAGCACAGAGACAGUAUUCAGACCACCAGUCCAGAGGGUUACCCGCGAGUUGGAGCCUUUGUACCUCAGUGUGAUGCUAACGGACAGUACACUCCUCAACAGUGUCACAGUUCUAGUGGACAUUGUUGGUGUGUGGACAGCCGAGGACAAGAAAGGUCUGGUACAAGAACGCCUCCUGGCACAACACCCUUUGACUGUGACAAACCAGAACGUCCUAAAAGCCACUGUGAGCACCACAGAGACAGUAUUCAGACCACCAGUCCAGAGGGUUAUCCACUAGUGGGAGCCUAUGUACCUCAGUGUGAUGCUAACGGACAGUACAUUCCUCAGCAGUGUCACAGUUCUAGUGGACACUGUUGGUGUGUGGACAGCCAAGGACAAGAAAGGUCUGGUACUAGAACUCCUCCUGGUACAACACCUUUUGACUGUGACAAACCAGAACGUCCUAAAAGCCACUGUGAGCAGCACAGAGACAGUAUUCAGACCACCAGUCCAGAGGGUGAGCCACUUGUUGGAGCUUUUGUACCUCAGUGUGAUGCUAAUGGACAGUACACUUCUCAGCAGUGUCACGGGUCUAGUGGACAUUGUUGGUGUGUGAACAGCCAAGGGCAAGAAAGACCAGGUACUAGAAGUCCUCCUGGUACAACACCCUUUGACUGUGACAAACCAGAACGUCCUAAAAGCCACUGUGAACAGCACAGGGACAGUAUACAGACCACCAGUCCAGAGGGUUAUCCACUUGUUGGAGCUUUUGUACCUCAGUGUGAUCCUAACGGACAGUACACACCUCAACAGUGUCAUGGUUCUAGUGGACAUUGUUGGUGUGUGGACAGCCAUGGACAAGAACGACCUGGAACCAGAACUCCUCCUGGUGCAACACCCAUUGAAUGUGACAACCAAGAACGUCCUAAAAGCCACUGUGAGCACCACAGAGAUCGUGUACAGACGACCAGUCCAGAAGGUUAUCCCAUUUUGGGAGCCUUCGUGCCUGAGUGUGAUACGAAUGGACGAUACACACCUCAACAGUGUCAUGGCUCCACUGGGCAUUGUUGGUGUGUGGACAGCCAAGGACAGGAAAGACCUGGAACCAGAACUCUACCUGGAACAACACCCGUUGAUUGCGAUAGACCGAUUGAACGUCCUAAAACUCACUGUGAGCACCACAGAGCAAGUGUACAGACCACCAGUCCAGAAGGCUAUCCUCUCGUGGGAGCUUUUGUCCCUCAGUGUGACGCUAACGGACAAUACACUCCUCAACAGUGCCAUGGGUCCAUUGGGCAAUGUUGGUGUGUGAACAGCAAUGGUCAAGAAAGAGCAGGAACAAGAACUCGACCUGGUGUUUCUCCUGUGGACUGUGACCGUCCUGUCCACGUGGUUCCGACAGAGCGUCCCGAGAGUGUGUGCGAACGCUGGAGGAGCAGUUUAAUGGAGCAUUACCGUGGGAAGCCUGAGCCGCAACAGUACUUGCCCCAGUGUGAACCAGACGGACAGUUCAGUCCUGUCCAAUGCUAUGGGGAGACCACCUAUUGCUGGUGUGUGGACCAGGAUGGGCGAGAAGUUCCUGGCACCAGGUCAAAUGAUGUCGUCAAGCCUGCAUGCCUUCCCUCGGUGGCCCCGCCAAUCGUGCGGCCGUUACCCCGCCCGGAUGUGACCCCUCCCCCUAAUGCUGAUACCACACUGCUAUAUGCACAGGGACAGAAAAUAGGAGCGCUUCCUCUCAACGGGACCAGACUAGAUGCAAGCCGGUCCAGAACACUAUUGACUCUACAUGGCUCCAUAGUUGUUGGUCUGUCUUAUGACUGCAAGCAGAAUCAAGUGUAUUGGACCGAUUUGUCUGCACGGACCAUUAAUAGAGCAUCAAUGGUGCCAGGAGCUGAGCCAGAGAUUCUUAUUAACUCAAAUCUGGUCAGUCCAGAAGGUUUGGCUGUGGAUGUUAAUCGAAGGCUGAUGUUCUGGGUGGACUCCAAUCCCGACCUGAUCGAAAGGUCCAACUUGGACGGCAGCGACAGAAGGACGCUGUUUGACAGAGACUUGGUCAACCCCCGGGCCAUCAUUGUGGUCUCAUCCACAGGUUCUCUGUACUGGACUGACUGGAAUCGAGAGGCUCCCAAGAUCGAAAGCGCGUCAGUGGAUGGCCAGAACCGCCGGGUGGUGGUUUCUGAGGGGAUCGGUUUGCCCAACGCUUUGACGUAUGAUUAUUCUUCUGGGCACGUCUGCUGGGCCGAUGCAGGCACUAAGCGGUUGGAGUGUAUAUUCCCAGAUGGUUCAGGGCGAAGAGUAAUAAACCCCAGCCUCAACUACCCGUUUAGCAUGGUUUACCACCAAACCCACUUCUACUACACUGACUGGAGGAGGGACGGUGUCAUCACGGUCAGCAAAGACAGUGGUAAACUCACCAAUGAAUAUUUACCGGACCAGAGAUCUCACCUGUAUGGCAUCGCCAUAGCAACAUCCCAAUGUCUAUCAGGGAAUCACUAACAGCUGAAUGGCAGCCAGACGGUCCUUUGGUGCUAAAGUUCUUGGGCCAUUUUUGAGCCGAGGGUGUAACAAGCCCUCUUGGUGUCCCUCAGAGUAAAAGGAUGCUCUCAAAGGGACACGGCUUCCUGUGGAUCAGCUCUCCCCCCUCCCCACCCCCAAGAUAUAACCGCACAUUCAAAGUUCUGUACAUUUUUUUUCCUACUGAUUUUUUAUAUGCAAGUUUGUUUUUUGUAGCCACAAAAGUCUAAGAGUAGUAUCACUUUUUUUUUUUUUAAGAGUGUUUAAGCAUUUUUAAGAGUGUUUAAGAGUAAUAAAGCACCAUGUUAAUAUGCAGGCUCAAUUUAGAUUAGCAUAAAGACAGGAAACAUGGAAACAGCCAUCCAAAAUGAGGAAUGUGAAUCAGAUUACAAUCAUUAAGGCUUCCCUCCUCUGUGUGUCAGAAUGCAGCAGCUCCAUGUAUGCCAUCAUUUCCCAGCACCACUAAUAGUCCCCCAACUCCUGUUUUUUCUCUCUUUAUAAGAUGUGAUAUUUAUACCAUUAAAAAGUGUUUUGGUACUGGA